AUGUCUCAACAUAUCCACCAACAACAUCAUCAUUAUGAUGAACAAGAGGAGAAGAAGUUCAUGUUGACCUUGUUCACAUUUAUGAAUAACCGAGGCACACCGAUCGAGAAGAUACCGAUCUUUGACCACAAGGAGCUCAACUUAUACCGUCUCUACUCGUGUGUCAUUUCCAGAGGUGGCCUAGAGUCUGUCAUCGAGAACAAGUUAUGGCGCCAGAUAACCACUGACCUUGAAGUCGACCCAGAGCGCACUGAUGCCGGCUUCCGUCUCAGGAUACAUUAUCUCAAGUAUUUGUAUCCAUUUGAGAGACUCAACUUCCUCAAGAUGGACGACGACACCAACUUUGACUUUGAGGCCUACGAGAAACACUUGUCCAAGACACAUUCAGAGAAGAAGGCUGCCAACUUGAAGAAGAAAAAGAUGGCAUCCGCUGCCGCGCACUCACACCCACAUAUGUCCAUGGUAUCCCCGCCCAACAGUGCCAAGUCCACUCCUUCACCAACAUCUUCGCCAUCAUCAUUGUUAAUGUCGAGUACAAUGUCAAUGCAUCCAUCUUCCGACUGCCAUGCCACGCCACCUCAGUUUGCCAGUCCACAUGCACACAGUACAUCGGCCGCCCACAACACCAUUGAGUCAUUGCUCAACAUCAACAAUUUAUACAACGUCGAUCAACAUGUACCACCAUCAUACCUUGCACACACGGUCGAGCCAUCACCCUACGAUCACAAUGAAGAGCACUUCUAUCCACUACCCUCAUCCUCAUCAAUCUCCUCAACAUCAUCAACUUCACCAUACAACAACAAUCAAUCAGUUAAUCUACGUCAACUAGAGUUAAAAUCACUGAGGAAGUAUAAUGCUGUACAUAGACUCAAAGUAUCCAAUCAACCAAGUCGUCGUGAACUCGUCAAAGCCGUCAUCCAUCACUUUGAUCAACAACAAAAUAUUGAUGAAGAGUCCAUUAUCAUCCAAUUCCUCAGACGUAUCAAAGCAGAGACCAACAAUACCUCCAUCAUCAGACCUUUGGAAAAGACCUAA